AUGGCUAAAUCGCUUCGAUCGAGCUCGAAGCUCAAGGCAAGGAAUCAGAAGCGUUCCAAUCCAAAAUCAGAUUACGCUGUAGCCGAAGCUGCACGAGUCAAUGCACUCUCCGCCCGUCUCGCGGCUGGUUUGAAGAAGGACAAAGUUCCCGUCGAGAACAAGGAGCAAGAUGACGAUACAGAAGCAAAGAUGGAUGUCGAAACCGUCGACUCGAAGGACCAAAGAGAGGCAGAAGGACAGGUGAAGAAGAUUUCAACUUCUGGUAACAGGGACUCGAGGAGAGAGACUUAUCGCAAGAGCAAAGGGUUGAAACCGUUCAAGAACUCCGGUGGUAACAGCCUGUUCGACGCUCACAAGAGUAAGAACAAUGGAAAGGCAAAGAGGAGACGAUAG